AUGCAGAUUGCUGAGGUCAAGGAUUAUCUCCAAAUGACCGAAGACUCAUACUCUGAAGAUCAACUCGAUGAUUCAUUUGCUCCAGCAAUCUCAGGCCCGGAGCUUUUCUUCGGCAAUACAAUAACUGCUCCCAAGUCUGAUCUCAUUUCUGCACUACCGCCUCGACCAGUUGCAGACCGUUUGAUUUCCCUUUACUUGAAUUCGAAAGAAUCUACACUUGUUCUCAUGCACGUACCCACAUUUACAAAAGAGUACGCUCAAUUUUGGAGAAACCCAGAAGAUGCUUCUAUAAACUGGCUUGCAUAUCUUUUCAGCAUUCUAUGCGCAGGAGCAGGGCUCCAGUUAUUUUCCACCGCCGGUCGAGCAGACGGUGAGCUCGCUGAGACUUUUGCAGAGCAUCACAGACUCGCAUCACAAUGCCUUACCAUGUCCAACUACACCUCACCCGGUCGAUAUACCAUGGAAACCCUCAUUCUCUGUGUGGCAAUGGAGAUUCUUAGAAGCACAGAUAACCAUCUUGGUCCCUCUGUUCUCCUCAGCUUGGCCACAAGGCUAGCCGUUCAUGCUGGAUAUCACAGAGAUUCAAAACAUUAUCCCGAGAUCUCCGUGUUUGAUGGAGAGAUGCGCCGGCGGGUCUGGACAAUUCUCUCUCUUCUUGAUCAUUACAUCUCGCUGCAAGCUGGUCUACCGCCGACUACUGUACAGACACAAUCGGACACGGAAGAGCCUCGCAACUUGACAGAUGAGGACUUAGAUCCAGCAGCCACAGUACUGCCUCCUGCAAGACCUUUCACAGAGAAAACAGCAAUCCUCUUCCCGGUUGCGCUCAAUAGAAUAAUGUUUGCCGACGCCGAAAUUAUCAGCAAGGUCUGUUCCGUCAAGGGAGUUCCCUAUCAAGAAGUUCUCCGCUUGGACGGGAAACUCAAAGACCUUCACGCAAAUAUUCCUCCUCCUUUAAAGUUUCGACCACUGAGUGAAUCCAUCGCAGACUCACCAAACACCAUUAUGGACCGAUACAAUAUCAACCUCAUGUAUCAGAAGGCCCGCUGUGACCUCCAUCGUCGGUAUCUUGCGCAGCAUCGUCUCGACCCCGCAUAUGCAUAUUCUCGACGAGAUUGCCUAGAUGCCGCGAGGACGGUACUUCAGCAUCAGUCAGACAUUUUCGAUGCGAGCAGCUCCGGUGGUCAGUUGGGCUACACCUCCUUCUUCUUUUCACCAAUAGUCGCAGUGCAUUUCCGUUCUGCUGCCAUGAUCAUUUCCUUGGAAAUCUCCUGUCAGUCUCGCUAUGAUUUGAAACAGCACCUGUCGCUUGAGCAACGACGAGUAAUCUUGGACGAGAGAAAGCAGCUUUCUCAGGAGAUUGAGAGGGCUUAUAACAUCUGGAACCAUUUGCGACAUCAAUCUAAGGAGGCAUCAAAGACAACAGACGCUCUUCAUAUCAUGCUCAAGGUCACGAACAACCAUUUGCAGCACGGUGCGACGCCUGAGCAAAUACAGCCUUCGAGCCCUCCCAUCGGGUUACAAGCUGCGAGCGAAGUACCAGACUACGCGAACUCGAUCCUCGCCACGCCCGUAACGCUCGAGAACCAACUCUCCUCGACGGUUUUCGAUAACGAACACAGUCCAUUAGAUGUUGAUCUCAUGGACGCCACGUUCUAUCUGGGACAAGAUUCCCUGCCCAGCACCAAUGAUACGCGUUUCGCAGGCUCGAACGGUGUCGUCGACUUUUAUGAAAAAUACUGGGAUAACCUGAUGCUGCUGGGCGGAGAUCAUUCAUUCAUAGAUGUACCUCAGGGCGGUGCAGAUGAUGGUCAUUUUGAUCAGGGCCUACAGUAG